AUGGCUUUUCGUUCUGUAUUUCUUGUUUCCUUAGCUGGCCUGGCAUUGCUCUCCGAAGCUGCACCACCGGUAAGUUUCUCCUCUGCUGACUCCAAGAACCCCGUUUCUAUAAAAAUUCUGGAUUCAGUCCAAGGAAGUCCAGCUCCAAAUGUUCCAGUUAAGUUAUAUAAAGAAGCUGCAGAUGGAUCUUGGGAACUGUUAAGUUCAAAACAAACCAAUGACAACGGAGAGCUCCAUGAGCUCACAACUAAAGAACAAUUUUCAGCAGGGGUAUACAAAAUCGAGCUUGACACAGCCUCUUACUGGAAGAGACUUGGCUUGAAUCCUUUCCAUCACCACGCUGAUGUGGUGUUCUCAGCUAAUGAUGCUGGUUAUCGACAUUACUCCAUUGCUGUUUUCCUCAGUCCCUUUUCUUACUCAACUUCAGCAGUAGUUAGUGAACCAGUGGAAUAG